UGAGGUGGAACAAGAGCGGCUGCUGCAUAUGAGUAGAAAGCCACUGAAUGAGCAGCAGGGUUUUUACACACUUUUACCUCCGUCAGUACGGUUGAAUGAUGAGGAAGGAGCGUAUAUCCCUAAGGGGGCUUUUUAUUAUUUUUUGUACGUGUAAGAUAGCCUAAACUACAAAGACUGUGGGUUUCCUGUUGUGUAGUGAAGUAUGGCACUGAGUAGCAGUCAAGCUCCUAUAUUGGUGGAAGACUCCAGCUUGGAGGGCUGGAAGGUGAUUGGCUCCGGGGGUUUUGGACAAAUCUACAAAGCCAGGCAUCGUCGGUGGGGCUGCGAUGUGGCCAUUAAACUGCUUCAUUAUGAUGACGGGACCAGUGCGUCUUUGCUGCGUGAGCUCGACAUGAUGCGCAGAGGAAGCAGCCCGUAUGCUAUUCAGGUCCGAGGGGUCUUCAGGGGUCGAGUUCCCUACUCUGGCUUGUCAACACAGCUCGGUCUGGUCAUGGAGUUAAUGGAAAGAGGAUCACUGGCCUCCCUACAGGAAACCUUAUGUGGAGCGCCACCCUGGCCAUUGGUCUUCAGACUGGCACACCAAGUGGCUCUGGGCUUAAACUUCCUCCACAGUCUGUCCCCUCCCAUGCUCCACCUGGACCUGAAGCCCAGCAACGUGCUGCUGGAUUUCUAUCUCAAUGCCAAGCUUACAGAUUUUGGCCUUGCCCGGUAUUACCGCAGCGUCACGCGGGUUUCCAAGAAGGACACUGGAGAGGAAGGGGGGACGAUCAGCUACAUGCCACCGGAGGCGUUCCAAGUCUCGUAUAGUCCAACCCUAGCCUCUGACAUCUACAGUUAUGGUAUACUCUUAUGGUCCAUUGUCACAGGGAAACAACCAUAUGCACAUGCAAAGUCCAGCUUAGUGCGGCUUCGCAUCCCAGAGGGAGACCGUCCAAUGUUGGACGAGAUCAGGGUCCAGGCUAUGGGGCGUGCAGGGUUGACAGGACUGAUUGAGCUCAUGGAGAGAUGCUGGGACACCAGACCGAAACAAAGGCCCUCCUCCCUUGAGUGUACAACUGAGACAGAAGAACUGUAUAAGAUACACAAACAUGCAAUCAAUGAUGCUGUCCAUCAAGUGCUGAAGAAACUGGACCAAAGGGAAGAAGAAACAAUGGUUGAUCAGAUUGGGAGGGUUCAUAUCACUCAGGCUUCAGCGGGUGAACGUUUUGAAGCAGUGAACAUUUAUGAUAACGCACCCACAGGCGGCCCACCAAUUCAGGAAAUGGCUGGUGGUUGCACUGCAAAUCGAACAGACAAUGCAAGAGUUAAAGAGCCGCCUUCAUUUGGACCUGCAAGUGUGUGUUAUAAGUCCUCUGUUUGCCCCAUUGGAUCGCCAUCGCCCUCUCCUUCGACUGAGAGGUCAAGUGAAAGCAGCACAGCAAAACCUCCCCAGCCGUCUUUUAGACCACAUCUGUCUUCACAGUACCACCGUCAGUUGUCCAGCCCCGAAACUUUCCAAAUUCACCUCUGCAACGUAACCGGAUUUCAGCAUGGCAACAACAACAUCAUGCACAUCCAAGUUAUGGACCCCUCAGACAGGAAAAGGCACCCGACAGCACCAUCUAGGGUCGACCUCCCGCCGCCACAUCCAGGAAGCUGGAAGGACAAGACAGGAGGGGUCGGUUGAGUUCACAUGGGAGCUUUACUGCACUUAAAUUUACUGCAUUACUGCAUUUAAAUUUGCUUUUCAAAUCUGGAUAGGAUUAAGAUGUGGUUUUAGUAGAUUGCAUGCUUUCAAAAGGGUUUUGGUAAAAAGGUUUUUUAAAAUGUAUUUAUUUAGCUUCUUUUGUUAGAAUAUGAUAAACCAAUAAGCAAAAACCUCACAGCUCUCUUUUGCUGUGUCAGCAGUGUAAAUGUUGGCCAAGUCAUAUGGUCAUAGGUCAUAUGGUUUUGCUUUUCCACCAACCGUGGACAACAGAUAUCCACAGCACAGUGUCAGCUAACGAUCAGGUGCCAAAAAUCGCCAUAAAGUCUUUAUGAACUAUUGAUCAUCUGUAUAUAUAGAUAUUUUUACAAAUAUUAUAUCUUUUGUACUUAAUGCAUUGGUUUUGUCUUUUAUAUUUAUAUUUUAUAUGUGUCCUUUUGUGGGUAUAUGUUUACAAACUUAUGAAAAUGUUCCAACCCAAACAACUUCAUUAACCAUUUCAUAUGUUGUUUUUUUUCAUUUUGAUUGAAUUGAUUGAAAAAAAAAGCAAACAUGAAGUUGAAUUUUAACAGAAGUGUGUACAUACUUCCACCCAGAAUUUUGCAGUUGAUGUAUCAGUACUUCCAAUAAAAAAUUGGCAUCUUGAAUACUUCACUCAGUUCAAGCAUGAUGUAGCUUCAAUGAAGUGUUGGAAUAAGCCAUGUAUGGAAUAUGUAUGUGAUAAAGAAUUGCUUUAUUUUAAAGGGUAGAUCUAAAAUGGGAUUAUGGGAUUUGCUGACACUUAAAAAACAAAAAAAGCCUCUGAGAGAGGGAACUAUCAACACCUGCAUAAUGUGCUGUUUGAAUAAAAUCCAGAUAAAAUCCAGCAUGGCACAUUAAAAAUACUAUGAAUGAAGGUGAACAUGGAAACGGUGAAAUUUGUGGUCAACAGAAAAUGUAAGAACCCAAACACACGCCCUCUGUAGCUUCAGCCAUGCAGGUGCACAGGUGCAUAAAUAGACAAUGAUGACUGCCAGACCAACCCCCCCCCCCACGUGAGAAUUUUCUGCUUUUCUAUUUUUUUUUAUAUCAUAUAAACUAAAUAUAUGUGUGUUUUGGACCAUUUGUCACACAAAAUGACAUGUACUGUGAAUGAUGAGUAUCAUACAGCUGCAACAAUUAGGCCUACUUGAUUAAUUGAUUUAUUACAAUUUAAUUUUAUGAAAACUUUUUUUUAAUUGCUUAAGUCAUUUUUAAGCAGGAAUACAAAAAACCUUUUCUGGUUCUAGCUUCCUAAAUGUGAGAAUUUUGCUGUUUUAUAUCUUUGUGAAAUUGAAUAUUUUGAAAAAGUCUUGCUUUUUUACUUAUUUUGUGACAUGUUGUAGUACCAUCUGGUGUUUAUCUGUCAAUCAGUGUGGACUGUAACUUUCCAUGUGUACAGUAGGUGGCACUCCUGUUUUUCUGUUCAACUUCGGUGUCUUAUAUCUACCCAUUUAUUCUUCUAUCCAAACAAAUCACUUCUAUUGCUGCUGGAAAUGUAGAUGUCAUCACUUCCAGUUCACCAGGAAACCUUCUUCUCCCACAACAACACAGCUGUUUAGAAAAAGUUAGUUUAUGUAUUGUAUCACAGAGAUUCAAAAGCCCUUUUGCACACUUCUUUUUUGGGGCAGGUGUGUCGGAAAAGGUAAAGGUUCACAAUGUGAAAUAAAGUAUUUGCAUGCAUAA